CGCGAUUAGAGAGGAUAAAUGUCAAACGGUGCGUGCACCCAUGACCACCGGGUUUCAAAGGAUUAAUUAUGGGCGACGGAGACGGCGGAAAAUCGCGAUUGUGUUUGCCGUCUGCAAAAAUCACAACACUGCCGCCAGUGUCACCGUCGUCGUCGUUGUCGUCGUCAUCGUCGUCAUAACUAGCAUGCAUGAACGGACCAAGAACGAUAUAUCGGGAUGUGCAGAGAGGACGAGAUUGAGGUAUUCUGAAUCACCAGGGAUUCGUCCGAUAAAUACAAUCGGCGUGGGCGUAGUGUCGAAUGAAGACACGGUGAUAGGAAACCUUAGUCGAACUUGGAGGUCCGCUCGUCACGAAAGGAGCGCGGAUGGAGACGCGACGCGAGGCAAAGAUCCUUCCGGAACGAAACGACAACGUCAGUGACGAGGGAUUAGAUUAUAUGUCCAACGGUAUCCGGUUCUCCUUCUUGAGGGUGGAGGCUGCUCGCGGCUGCCGCGGCAACGCCUCUUCUGUCACGUCAACGUUAGGUACGAGAAGUAAAUAGGUAGAUAUGCGAAGAGAGAAAGAGAAAGAGAGAGAGAGAGAGAGAGAAAGAAAGAGAUAGCGAGAGAGAACGGGUCACGGUUAGAGGUACACGUCGCUCCCUCGUCGCGAAGCGGUCACGGGGAGACGCGGAAAGCGGAAGCGAGAGCGGACAGAGAGGUGCGACUCCGCCUAGUCGCGCGCGCGAGAGAGGCACCUCACCCUGGGUAAACACACUGCGGGAUGCACCCCACUACCACUACCACUACCAACGGCACCACUACCCACCACUACUACCAGAACGGCACCGGUGUGUA